UCAGACCAAAUCAUACAAUUUAUAUCAAUAAUAUGAAUGACAAAAUUAAAAAAGAAGAACUACAGAGAUCCCUAUAUGCCCUGUUUUCUCAGUUUGGCCAUGUGGUAGAUAUUGUGGCUCUAAAGACCAUGAAGAUGCGGGGACAAGCUUUUGUUAUAUUUAAGGAGCUUGGUUCAUCCACUAGUGCCUUAAGGCAGUUACAAGGAUUUCCGUUUUAUGGUAAACCAAUGCGAAUCCAGUAUGCAAAAACAGAUUCUGAUAUAAUAUCCAAGAUGCGUGGCACUUUUGCUGACAAAGAAAAGUUAAAAGAAAAGAAAAAAGCCAAAACUGUGGAGCAGACUGCAGCAAUUGCAAACAAGAAGGCUGGGCUGGGAACUCCAAAUUCAGCUAACACCCAAGGAAAUUCAGCACAAAAUCCUCAGGUUCCUGAUUACCCUCCAAACUGUAUUUUAUUCCUUAAUAAUUUACCAGAAGAGACUAAUGAGAUGAUGUUAUCCAUGCUGUUUAAUCAAUUUCCUGGUUUUAAAGAAGUACAUCUGGUACCUGGAUGACAUGACAUUGCUUUUGUUGCAUUUGAAAAUGAUG